AUGGCUCGGUUCUAUCUUCUCAUUCUCGGCCUGGCUAAUGUCCUUGUUAGUUGCCUUGCUUCUCCAGCGCCUCGGUCUCCUUUGUAUACAGUGCCUAAAACUCAGCCGAAAAAUGCGGCAACGUUGGAUCCUACACCCGUGGGGGCGUCGUUUGAAUUCUUUAUGUGGCCUUCAUACAUGACGAAUAUAUCGCUGGCUCUUCCAUGUAUCGACCACUUCAACAAACUCUUUCAUCGGAAGAUGCCUGUUCGUAUCGGUGGCACAACACAGGACCGCGCAACAUACGACCCUGACUUCGAUGGAUAUGUAUCCUACAGUGUCAACGAUCCUCUUGAAGCACCUAUGAACCUUACUUACGGGCCCAAGUUCUUCGAUUUAAUCAUAUUCGAGUACUGGAAGCUCCCUGCGGCUGUAUCUCCCUGGAGGGAAACGCAAGAGGGAGCCGAUGCAGCUGAUUGGGCCCAAGACUUUGUCAAUCACUGGAAGAAACCGCUUCCUAUCCUUGCAGGAGGAGGAUAUGCCGUCCCAUUUGAAAUUGUGCCUGAAUGGCCUAACUUGCCGUAUCUGAUAAACACAGCCUAUAACCAGACGAUCAAGGAUGCGACAAAAUUCUAUAACGGGCAUCUCUACUCGUUAAAGAACGUCACAGAUAAUAGUUUGAAUGUCGAAAUGGCCCACCAAAGAACAGUGUCCGAUCUGAAUAUGCUGCCGAUAUCUAGUGCCAAGUCUGUCAACAGACCUUACGUUCUAGGCGAGACAGGCUUUCACUCGGGCGACUAUACAAUGGACGCUACCUUUGGCUCUGCGAUUCAGACGGUGGACAAGACCUUACAUGGCUUGACCCUCGGUAUCCAACGUAUAUUCUACCACCAGGGCACCAUCGAUCAAGCAUUUUUCAACUGGUGGUGGAGUGAUCGUGUUAACGCUCCGUUUUACGGCGGUUAUUUCGCAGCACUGGCUGUAGAAGGAGGAGACUCUAUCUCGGCGAGCGACGAUGGCACUGAUUCAUACGCGCAGUAUGUGGUUUACAAGAAGGGAAAACCAAUCAAGGUUAUCUUAGUCAACACCGACUACUACUCUGGCAGUGGCUCUCGACCGACGACCAAGUUCACCAUGACGGGAUUGAAGAAUGGUCAUGUUGAAGCACUUCGCAUGACGGGACCGAGUAGUGAGAGUUUGGUGCCUCGCUUGCAGACCGACCCGUCACUUGAACCUAGCAUUGGAGGCCAGUACUUUUCCAACAAUAAUUGCAGCCUCCGAGGACACAAAAGGCCUGAGAAGUUCACGAUUCAGAAGCACCAGCUUACAAUCAGCCUCGCAGCAUCGGAGGCUUUGAUUGUUUAUCUAUAG